AUGACCUUCGUACCGGCUAGACCCUUCGUCUUCGCCGCGUAUCUGGUCUCGCUUGCCAUCUACAGGCUCUAUUGCAGCCCGAUUGCCCAAUUCCCAGGCCCCAAGCUUGCAGCCCUCAGUCGGUGGUACGAGUUCUACCACGAAGUCGCCCUGCGUGGUCAAUUCACCUUUCAUAUCGCCGAGCUGCACAGAAAAUACGGGCCGAUUGUGAGAAUCAAUCCACAGGAGCUGCAUGCCUCGGAUUCCGAGUUCUGGGACACCCUCUACGGGCCGGGCAGAGUCGACAAGUACGACGACUGCAGCAACCGGCUGAACAUUCCUCGCUCCAUCUUUUCGACCGCGGAUUACAAUCUCCACGUACUGCGCAAGGCACCUCUCCUCCCGCUCUUCUCCAAGAAGCGCAUCGCAGAUUUCCAGCCCGUCAUCCGCGAGAAGCUCGACAUCCUGUGCACCAAAAUCGACGGCUAUGUCGCCAGUGGCCGUCCUUGGGCCAUCAAUCGCGCUCUCACGGCUUUCUCGGGAGACGUCAUCACCACCUAUGUCUUUUCUGAAUCCUAUCAACAUCUGGAAUCCCCGGAUUUCAACGAGACAUUCCACGAGCCGUUCAUGGCCACCUCCGAGGUUGGCCAUGUGGCCCUGCAGUUCAAAUGGCUGUACCCCUUGAUGAACGCCCUCCCAGCAUGGCUUGUUCUCAAAAUGCAGCCGCAGAUAUUCCUGGUCUUACAGCUGGGCAAGGACAGCAUACCCACGGACUUCGACGCCAAACUCAAAGCUAUACUCUCCGGCACGGCGAAAGAGAACCCAGACCACCCCACGAUCCUGUACGAACUCGUCCGCGGCGACCUGCCUCCCCAGGAGAAGCAGAUCGACCGCCUGAACGAAGAAGCCCAGCUCCUGGUCGCCGCGGGCCUGACGCCCUCGUCGUGGGCCAUGUCCGUGGCCGCGCUCCACAUCGUCCGGUCGCGGCACAUCUACGAGCAGCUCCGCGCAGGGAGAGGGCCAGUGGCAGCUGAACAGGGACAUGGACCGGUGGUUCUUCCCGUUCGGCAAGGGCAGCAGGUUAUGUCUGGGCGUGAACCUCGCGACAGCCGAGAUCCAGCUGUGCCUGGCGACUUUGUUCCGCAGACGAACGCCUCCGACGUGGCCCUCGCGCACGACUUCUUCCUUCCCAGCGCCCGGCUGGACUCGAAGGGCGUGAGGGUCACGGUGAAAGAGGCCGAGAAAUAG